GUAUAUAGAAGAGAAGUAGAAGAAAACGGAAUUGUUCUGGAUCCUUUGAAAGCUACCCAUGCAGUGAAAGGUGUUACAGGACAUGAGGUCUGCAAUUACUUCUGGAAUGUUGAUGUUCGCAAUGAUUGGGAAACAACUAUAGAAAACUUUCAUGUGGUGGAAACAUUAGCUGAUAAUGCAAUCAUCAUUUAUCAAACGCACAAGAGAGUGUGGCCUGCUUCUCAGCGAGAUGUAUUAUAUCUUUCUGCCAUUCGAAAGAUCCCAGCCUUGACUGAAAAUGACCCUGAAACCUGGAUAGUGUGUAAUUUUUCUGUGGAUCAUGACAGUGCUCCUCUGAACAAUCGAUGUGUCCGUGCCAAGAUAAAUAUUGCUAUGAUUUGUCAGACCUUGGUAAGCCCACCAGAGGGGAACCAGGAGAUCAGCAGGGACAAUAUCCUAUGCAAGAUUACAUAUGUAGCUAAUGUGAACCCUGGAGGAUGGGCACCAGCCUCAGUGUUAAGGGCAGUGGCAAAGCGAGAGUAUCCAAAGUUUCUAAAACGUUUUACUUCUUACGUCCAAGAAAAAACUGCGGGAAAACCCAUUUUGUUCUAGUAUUAACAGUGACUGAAGCAAGGCUGUGUGACAUUCCAUGUUGGAGGAAAAAAUAAAAAACAAAAUUGAAUGCUCUAAGCUGGAACAUAGGAUCUAUAGCCUUGUCUGUGGCCCAACACCCUGGCCUUGUGUACAAAAAUGAAGAAAGACUGCAAUGGCAAAGGUGAACAUCUAACACUAGCUGUCUCCUGUUAGAUAUCCUCGCUCAGCAUAUAACUAUAAAUACAUGUAAAAUUACAUGUAUAUGGCUAUAUUUUUAUUUGCUUGCUCCUAGAAGAGAAAAAAAUCAACUUUGAAUCACAGUUAGGAAUUGAUGCUUUAAUUUUUGGAAACUUUUUCAGAAUUUUUAAUUUACUAUGGUCCGGCCUAAGAUCCUCAUUUGUAUCAGGUUUUGUGCACAAAAGAAAAGCACAAAAGUUGAAUGCACGUGGGGCAUGUGUUUUCUGUGCACCACAUACCUGGAUGGGGCUCUUUUUUCAGGCCUAUGGUUAAAUCUGUGUUCAGAAUUUUUUGACUUUUUUGCUUUGUAUAAUCAUAGAAUUCAUUGCUGCUGAUUUCUAUAAUGAUUCAUGUUGUUACCUAGUGUCUCUUAAUAACUGAGGGCUGUCAGUAACCUGUGAUUUUGCCUUUUCUAUAGUCUUACUCCUAUGAAGAACCUUGGUUCUGAUGGAGAAAGAGUGAAAGGCUUUAUUUUUUCCCCCAGGUAUCUUUCUAUUUCUAUUGUAUUUUUAGUUGUGUACUGUGUGCUACAGAUUUUUUUCAGUUUGUUUACAAACACAAUUUGGUAAUUCCUCAAUUGGUUCUGCCUGCCUCCAAACAGAAACAUACAACUGCUGUGGGUAUAAACUACUUUCUGGUACAAUAGUAAGGAUAAAACAAGCUCAUGUUUUCUUGAAAUUUGUUAGAAGAUACACGGUAUUUCUCAUUAAGGUAAAUCAGGCUGUCUGGGGUUGACAUUUGAUUCAGUGUCUCUGGUAUUCGUAACAGGCAUGUUAGCUCUUCUAAUUUGGGUCCAUUUAAAGGCUUUGUUGCAAGAUGUGCAUAGAAAACGUGAGCAGUGCUCCUCUUUGCCUCUUGCUCAGAAUUUUCAGCAAAGCAGUAAAGGAUUCCAUGUGAUUCAAACUGAAAUUCUUCCCUUAGUUGCUGUAAGAACUUAAAUGUAAAAUACCUUCUUUAGUUUUAGGCCUCUGAAAAACCUUGAAGCAUGGAGUUGAGGCAAGGAAUGGGACUCACUGAAGUAGAAAUGACUGCCCACUUCAAAAUCUUCAUUGUGUUUAUACACAAAUGUGCUUACAUAUGUCAGAGGCAUUUUUAGAUGCUUUGCUGACUUGUUCAUCUCUGUAGAAACACAGAAAUCAGACCCAUUUUGUAAAGCAGAAAGUCAUGUCACUUGGAACAUGUCCUGUAUAUAUUUCAUACAUGGUAAUGGAGUCUUAAUGAUGAAUGCAAGGUGAUAAUUUAAUGAUGGGAUUAGUCUGAUCACUUAAUAUGCACAAUCCUGGAAGUGAAUUACUUGCAUCAGAUAUAGUGGUAUUUAUUAUUCUGUACAGAGAGAAAUAAUACAUAUAAAACAUAUGCUUAUAUUACAUGCACGCAGAUUUCAUGCUCCAUAAAUCUUUUCUAUUUUUUAAUUUACCUUUCUCUAAAUGAUGUGCAUGGAAUAUGCCUUAUUACAGAAAAACGCUGUUCAUAAUUUGACUGUGUGGAAAAGUGCCUAUAUGGUGGUAAUGCUAGUAAGGCAAAUAAGACAAAUUAUCAUAUGAGUUUACUACAUCACCAGUUAACAUUUUAUAUUGUGAUGUUUAAAAAAGAAAAGUUUAUACCUCAAAUGUGUAUUUUAUUUUACAAUCAGCUGUGGGUUUGGGAUGGGAUAUGGGAGGGUUGGGGGGGAGGGUUUAUUCACCAUAGCCGCUGAUGGGAAUCUUCAAAAAAAUUCUCUAUGCCCACUAUAAAUGUUUCUCUGUUUGCCAUGUCUGGUAACUAUCAUGAACACGGACAAGUAACUUUUUCAUAACUAAAUUGGAUAGCUUCAUUUUACAAAGGUAUGGAAAGCUUACAAAGCAGUGUCUAAAUCUAAUUACCUUUAGUUGCAUUUGCACUAAAUGUUAAUGAUACACUUUUGCAAUUCUGUAAAUGAAAUGAUUACACUAAAAAUACUUGUAUUAAAAAAAGAAAAAGACAUGUUUACCUUUAGAUAACUCUACAGGUACUUCACUAGAGUUUAAUCCCAUCCGAUCAGAUUUAGAAAUCAGUUGGGGAAUACGAAAAGAGUUUUAAAGAGGUCAAAAUUUGGAGAGGUACUAGCCGUUCUAAAAAAUAUUCAGACCCUCUAGGAUUAUAUCUGUAUGACUAAUUCCUAGUCAUUGUCUGAAUGGACAUGAUGUUUUCCCAAACACAGUAAUUUCUUCUCUUCCCCAAACAAAACAAAAUACCCUUUUACUCUCUUUUCUACUCACUCUUUUGUACUGUGAUAGAAACUUGAAAAAUAUUGGUAAUGAUGGGUUUGUCCCUGAGUGCCCACUGUACAGGACAAGAGAGCACAGUGUUUUGCUUGGAAAUGAGGACUCCUAAUUUUGAUCACAGCAGCUCUUGGUUUGGGAUCGCCACAAAGACAGCCAGACUAAGGAGGGGAUGGCUGGGAGAGAGGCGUAAGAAUACAAAAUAAGGGAAAGGAGCAACAGGUUUUCCACUUGUUCAGUUUCAUUGGCUAAUUUGUACACCUGUACAAACAUCAGUGUCAGCUGCUAUUAAAAUUUUAGUUGGGCUGAGCUGGUUCUCUUGUGAAAUUGUGCUGGUUAUCUUUAAGCUUAUCAGUUGUUUGUCCAAUUAAACACUUUCACCAGUAUUUAGUCCAAGUUGUACAGACAGUGUAUUUGGAAUACUGUCAUUGUUCAUCUACAAACUCAAAACAUAAUCAUUUUAAAGUACCUUGGGAGUGUGUAGAGUAUAACUAUUCUAUAAUAGCUUUAUGAUCCUGAUGAUGUUUUUAAAAAAUAAUAAAGUUGGAUCUUCCAUGUUACAAUCACAAAAUUAAAACCAGUAUUUAAAAGUGGAAAAGUAUUAAAAUAUUAUGGACAAA